CAAAUAUGUACAAAGUACGUCGCAGUUUGUUUGUAAUCCACAAGCACUCGUAAGUCAGCGACUAGGUGAUAAGAUGACUCCCUCGCAUAGCAACCUCAAACGAUACGCAAAAAACUACAAGGAUUUUCUACAAUACUGGCAACCAGACCAUGAUUGGGACGCGUAUGAGAAUCUGAUCAAUAUUCCGCAUGAAAUUACAAUACAGAUAUUACCGCAGGAUAUAUUCAAAUACUUCUGUCUACUUGCAUAUGGUAGCGAGAAUCCUGGCCCUGAUGAACACCCUACUCUACGUAGGGAGUCAGGACUAGGCUUUCUAAAAAAAGUCUAUCUCAUACUAUAUGCCGCGCAUCGCUAUUAAUUGGGAUCCAAUUGAUAUGAAGGGGAAUCCUACGAGAUCAAAGGAUGUGAAUGACUUAUUGAAAACCAUUGAGAGAGUAGAAAUUAGGGGUGAGGGCAAGGAUGACGCUGCUAAAGUACACAGUCAGACGCGAGAGACUAUUCAACACAAGAUUGGACUACAUAAAACCAAGCGUUCAGGAAAAACGCAUGUGCUCGAUAGAGGC